AAUAAAAUAUGAAUUAACUUACCAUCUGGAUUACCAAAGAUAUCAUUCUAUAAAUAAUGAAGAGAUGGCGCUGAUAGUUAAUUUUUAUGUCCAUCUUUUCCUUAUUAUUCUAUUUUAUAAUUUUUAAUAUUUUUAUGACAACAUGACAUUGUAUGUCGCGAUAUCAAAUUCAAUGCCGUGAUAUUUAAUUUUUAUAUCGAAAAUCAUGAUAUUUAGUAUCAUGAUUAUACAAGCAAUCAUAAGAGAAGUCAUGAAUUUAUUUUUGUUAAAAAUUUUCAGCAUUCGUUAGUAGAUGUCUCUGUGGUGCGUUGUCAAUCAUUCGCAAUAUGGUUACCCGCAUCCACGUGAAUAUCUAACCUAUUCUACUUGUUUAUAUUUUAAUUGUUUACAAUAAAAGCAAGAAUUGUUUAUUAUUAUAUUGUUAUUAUAAAUAAGAAUCACUAAUGAAAAAAUGACGACUGACGAGAAGGUAAUUAGCGCAGAAGAUAUAUUGAAUAAUAAGUCAGAUAUUUCAGACACGAAUACAAAAGAUUCGGAUAGUAUCAAUAAGAAAUCUAAAAAAGUAAAAACCAAGAAAGAAAAAUCAUUAGAAGAACAAAUUCCUAAAGGAAAACCAAAAUCUGGUAGGAUAUGGAAAGAACAAAAGAAAAGGUUUUCUUCUAUUGUUAAAACACGUGGUAUACGAUUAUCUUUUGAUAAAAAACAAAAAUUAAAAGAAGAUCUAAAACAUGUUAAAGAAAUGUCACGGGAAAUAAAAGCAAAAAAGCAAGCGGAAAAGGAAGCAAAAAAAGAAAGAAGAAGAGCCAAUUUGAAACGUGCUGCAGAGAAUCAGAGAAAGAGUGAAAUUGUACAAGUUAUCACAAAUACUGCAAAAUUGAAAAAGAUUAAGAAGAAACAUCUCAGAAUGAUACAAAAAAGAGAUACACUCAAUUUUUAGAAAUAUUGAGCAUCUCUAAAGUAAUUUAUGAUUUUAUAAUUAAAAUGUGUAAAGUGUGUAUUGUAAAUAAAGAAAAAAAAAGAAUGGUCUAAACAUAUAUAAAA